CUCCACAAUUCCUAAGCACCGUAAAACAGCUUAUCCUUGAUAUCAAAUGGGACUUAACCCAUCUUAGCUUAUAUAUUCUGUACCUGACCGUAUUAGCUUUCACUAAAAAAUUUUCUUAAACCACCCAUCUCGCCAUACGCCAUGUACCAAAUGAAAUCAUAUUCUCUUUCCCUUGGCUUUCUUCUCUGCUUCAUCAACUUACAGUGGAUGCAAGCUGAUGCUGCUUCAGGAAAUGAAACGGAUCAACUUGCUUUGCUCAAGUUCAAGGAAACAAUAACGGGUGAUCCAAAUCAAAUCUUCAAGUCGUGGAAUGACUCCCUCCAUUUUUGCAAUUGGUUUGGAAUCACAUGCAGUUCCAAGCAUCAGAGAGCCACAUCCUUGGUCUUAAAAGGCCAGAAUUUGUUUGGAUCCAUAUCACCAUACAUCGGCAACCUGAGUUUUCUCAGGUUCAUCAACCUUCAAAACAACAGUUUAUGUGGUGAGGUUCCACAAGAAGUUGGCAGGUUAUUUCGACUGCAAUAUUUCCUUCUCAACAACAAUUCAUUGGAAGGCAAAAUUCCAACCAACUUGACAGGUUGUUCUCAACUCAGGGUGAUUAGUUUACAGGGGAAUAAUCUAUCAGGAAAGAUUCCAGAAGAGCUUGGUCGUUUAAUAAAGCUUCAGGAGCUUUGGCUUGACAAGAACAAUCUGAAGGGAGAAAUCCCAGCUUCUCUAGGCAAUCUUUCGUCUCUCACCAUCUUUUAUGUGACAUUCAACAGUUUGGUGGGACAUAUUCCUGAUGACAUGGGCAGAUUAGCAAGCUUAACAACUCUGGCUGUUGGAGUUAAUCAACUAUCUGGUAUAAUCCCUCCAUCCAUUUUUAAUAUCUCAUCUUUAGUGAAGUUCCAAGUUACAAGAAACCAACUCAAUGGGAGUCUCCCAGACAAGAUAGGCCUCACUCUCCCAAAUCUUAAUUUCUUUGGCUUUGGUGAAAAUGAUUUUUCUGGGUCAAUCCCAAAUUCACUAUUCAAUGCCUCUCAAUUGGAAAUAAUUGAUCUUGGUUGGAAUAACUUUGUUGGACAAGUUCCAAUGAAUAUAGGAAAUCUGAAAAAUCUUUGGAGGAUACGACUUCAUGGAAAUAACUUAGGGAGCAAUUCGACCAAUGAUUUGGCUUUUUUCACCUCGCUGGAGAACUGCACCAAGCUGAAAAUCUUGGACUUUGGCAGAAACAAUUUUGGGGGUGUUUUGCCCAAUUCUGUGUCUAAUCUGUCAACUGAACUCAAUCUAUUUUAUUUUGGGCGCAAUCAAAUCAGGGGCACCAUUCCUGCAGGGUUAGAAAAUCUCAUCAACUUAGUUGGAUUUGUGAUGCACUAUAACAUCUUCACAGGUGUUAUUCCCUAUUACUUUGGGAGGUUUCAAAAAUUACAAGUUUUGGAUUUAACAGGAAAUAGAUUGUCAGGUCAGUUACCAUCCUCCUUAGCUAACCUUACUCAAUUGUCUAUCCUCUUCAUAUCAAAAAACAAUUUCGAAGGUACCAUUCCUUCAAACUUUGGAAACUUGAAAAGAUUGAAUUGCUUUGUCAUUUCACAAAACAAACUCAGUGGAGGUAUACCCCAUGAACUUCUAGGCCUUUCUUCUUUAUCACAGGCACUAGACUUGUCACACAACUCAUUAAGUGGUAACCUACCUCCAGAAAUAGGGAAGCUAACCAGCCUGACGACAUUAGUCAUCUCUGGAAAUAAUCUUUCUGGAGAAAUUCCGACAACCAUUGGAAAAUGCUUGAGUUUGGAAUAUGCUUACCUGCAAGAUAAUUCAUUUCAAGGAACCAUCCCAUCAUCAUUGGCUUCCCUAAAAGGCCUUCAGCAUUUAGAUCUUUCACGAAAUAACUUGACAAGAAAAAUUCCUGAAGGUCUAAAAAGCAUUCAAUUUUUAGUUUAUCUAAAUCUUUCGUUCAACGAUCUUGAGGGUGAGGUACCAACUGAAGGAGUCUUUAGAAAUGCAAGCGCAUUGUCACUAACUGGAAACAGUAAGCUUUGUGGUGGUGUCCCAGAGCUCAACCUACCAAAAUGCCCCGGGAAGAUGACGGAGAAAGGGAAAUCCCUUGCUUUUAAGCUGGCAAUCAUACUUCCUUCUGCAGCUUUUUGUGCUUUGUUGUUGUUGGCCUUUCUUGUGUAUUGUAAGAUGAGGUCAGAAAAGAAAUCUGCUAUCCACAACCUUCAGAGGUCAUCUUCAGAAUCCUUAAUGAUGAACCGCAUUCUUUUGAAGGUAUCUUACAGAGAACUAUCUCAGGCAACAAAUGGAUUCUCUUCUAAUAAUUUAAUUGGAUCUGGCAACUUUGGCUCUGUAUAUAAGGGAUUUCUAGAUCAAGUAAAAAGAUCAGUAGCGAUUAAAGUUCUAAAGCUUGAAACAAAAGGUGCUUCAAAGAGCUUUAUAGCUGAAUCCCAAGUGCUAAUGAAUGUCCGUCAUCGGAAUCUUGUCAAGUUGUUGGCAUAUUGCUCAAGUAUGGAUGGAAAACUUGAUGAAUUUAAAGCUCUGGUAUUUGAAUUCUUGGGAAAUGGGAGCUUAGAGAUGUGGUUGCAUCCUGAUAUCGAUCGAACCAAGAAUUUAAGCCUUCUUCAGAGGUUAAAUGUAGCUAUUGAUGUGGCAUCUGCCUUGCAUUAUCUUCAUGACCUCUGUGAAAGACCAAUUAUUCACUGUGACUUGAAGCCCAGCAAUGUCAUUCUAGAUGAUGAUAUGGCUGCCCAUGUGUGUGAUUUUGGUCUAGCAAGGCUCCUCUCAACUUCCCAUCCUUCGUCUCAAAAUCAAUUCAGCACAACAGGGAUCAAGGGAACAAUUGGUUAUGCAGCUCCAGAAUAUGGAAUGGGCUGUGAGGCAUCGAGAAUGGGAGAUGUGUAUAGCUAUGGGAUCCUCGUGUUAGAGAUGUUCUCAGGAAGAAGACCAAUUGAUGAAAUGUUCAAAGAGUGCUUCAAUCUCCAUGGCUUUGUGAAGGCAGCAUUGCCACAAAGAGUAAUGCAGAUUGUGGAUCCAAAUCUCCUUACAGAAGAAACAAAAGAGGACGAUCAGAAUCUAAUAGAGGAAGAUGAAGAAAUCAUUAGCUGUGAGAUCCUAAGCAAAAAAAGAGCAAAUGUGAGAAAUUGCUUGCUCUCAAUCCUUGAAAUUGGAGUUACAUGUUCAAAAGAAUCGCCUAAAGAAAGAAUGAGCAUGAGAGAUGUCACCAACCAACUGCAUAUGAUUAAGAAUGCUUUCCUUGAAGGAAGUGGUCCAAGCACAACAUCCCAAGAUCCAUCGUUGUGUAUCACUGUGGAUUGAACUUUCCAAAUUUGCUCUCACAAAUACCAUAUAUACUUAUGAUGUAUCUAGACAAUGCUAAAUGAGCAUUUAUAUUUAUAUUGUGACGAGCACAUGGCUGUAGAUUUAAUACUAAAGCAAUUUAUUAUUUAAUCCCAAUAGAACUUUACUGUUUGUUUGAUGAGAAA